CAAUUGAGGACGACACUACUAGCUGCCCGAAGAUGGAAAACAACAUAACUACUAUCUCUCGUGAAGAGCUAGAAGAACUAAGAGAAGCAUUCAGUAAAAUAGAUAUUGACAACAGCGGAUACGUCAGUGAUUAUGAGCUUCAAGACCUGUUUAAAGAAGCAAGUCUGCCCUUGCCCGGUUAUAAAGUCCGGGAGAUUGUAGAAAAAAUCAUUGCGGUGACGGAUAGCAAUAAGGACGGGAGAAUCAACUUCGAAGAAUUUGUCUCUAUAAUUCAGGAAUUAAAAAGUAAAGAUGUUAGCAAAUCUUUCCGGAAAUCAAUAAACAAAAAGCAAGGUAUUACAGCAAUUGGAGGAACAUCAGCAAUAUCCAGCGAGGGGACACAGCACUCCUAUUCAGAGGAAGAAAAAGUUGCUUUUGUUAAUUGGAUAAAUAAAGCUCUACAAGAUGACCCAGACUGUAAGCACCUCCUACCUAUGAACCCAUCAGAUGCCAGUCUUUUUAAAUCCCUUGCAGAUGGUGUCCUUCUUUGCAAAAUGAUCAACUUUUCACAACCAGAUACAAUUGAUGAAAGGGCUGUUAAUAAGAAGAAACUCACUCCUUUCACUAUAUCUGAAAACCUAAACCUGGCUCUGAACUCGGCAUCUGCUAUUGGCUGUACGGUUGUCAAUAUUGGAUCACAAGAUUUGCAAGAAGGAAAACCACACUUGGUAUUGGGACUCUUGUGGCAGAUCAUUAAAGUUGGUCUCUUUGCUGAUAUUGAGAUCUCCAGAAACGAAGCUCUAAUUGCCUUGCUAAGUGAAGGAGAAGAACUAGAUCAGUUAAUGAAGCUUUCCCCAGAGGAGCUCUUGCUACGCUGGGUGAACUACCAUCUGGCCAAUGCAGGGUGGCAGAAAAUCAGUAACUUCAGCCAAGACAUUAAGGAUUCAAGAGCAUACUAUCAUCUGUUAAAUCAGAUUACACCCAAAGGAGAUGAUCAUGAUGAGUUGCCUGUGAAAAUUGACUUUUCAGGAUUUCAUGAUAAAAAUGACUUGAGGAGGGCUGAAUACAUGCUCCAGCAGGCAGAUAAAUUGGGCUGCAGACAGUUUGUAACUCCAGCUGAUGUGGUUGCAGGCAACCCUAAACUCAAUUUGGCUUUUGUUGCAAAUCUCUUUAACACAUAUCCAGCCCUACAUAAGCCUGACAAUUCAUCUUAUGAUCUCAAUUUAUUAGAAGGAGAAAGUAAGGAAGAAAGGACUUUCAGAAACUGGAUGAAUUCACUGGGUGUAAGCCCGUAUGUUAAUCAUUUAUACAGUGACCUCUCUGAUGCUUUAAUAAUCUUCCAAUUGUAUGAUAUGACUCGUGUGCCGGUUGAGUGGAACCACGUCAACAAGCCUCCUUUUCCAUUACUGGGUGCUAAUAUGAAAAAGAUUGAGAAUUGCAAUUAUGCAGUAGAACUUGGGAAGACAAAAGCCAAAUUCUCACUGGUUGGUAUUGCUGGACACGAUCUAAAUGAGGGGAAUCCAACUCUAACUUUGGCCUUGGUGUGGCAGCUGAUGAGGAGGUAUACUUUGAAUGUACUGUCAGACCUUGGAGAGGGGGAAAAAGUCAAUGAUGAAAUUGUUAUUAAGUGGGUGAAUCAGACACUUGCAAAAGCAAGUAAGAAAACUUCAAUUACAAGUUUCAAGGACAAAUCGAUUAGCACUAGUUUACCUGUCCUAGAUUUAAUAGAUGCCAUUGCACCUAAAGCAGUUCGUCCAGAAAUGGUCAAGAGAGAAGAUCUUUCUUACCAAGACAAGUUGAAUAAUGCGAAGUAUGCCAUUUCAGUUGCUCGAAAAAUCGGUGCUCGUAUAUAUGCUCUCCCAGAUGAUCUGGUGGAAGUGAAGCCAAAAAUGGUGAUGACAGUGUUUGCAUGCUUGAUGGGAAGAGGACUGAACAAAGUAAAAUAA